AUGAAAAAAGAUGAAACACAUCUGAUGAAAAAUUCGCAAGUGACAAUUGAAGAAACUGAAAAGAUCAUUCAAAACCAAGAGGUGCAACCAUCAGAUUCAGUAAAUGAUAAAGUUACCGAAGAUAAAGAGACUGAAAAUUCCUUAUCAUCUGAAGUUACCUUAGGUAUUCAGAAAACAACUUCAUCAGAUGAAACCACAGAAGAACCAGUGAACAAUGUCAAAGGCAGUGAUUCUGAAAUUAAUCCUACUGAUCAGAUUAUGAACCCUGUUUUACACACAGGUGAUAAAACCCUUGGUGAGGGAAGUAAGGGGUUAUCUGUUGUGCAACAAUAUGUGGAAGAGGAGGCAGAAAAGGAAAAGAAUGAUGAUGAAAGUAACAGUGAUUUGGGGCUUAAUUUUCCUGACACCAAUGAAAAUUUGAGUGAAAUGCCAGAGAAAGGUUCAAACGGAGAUGAAAAUGGUGAUAGUGAUGUUCAAAAAUUUGAUGAGAAAUCAAUAACGUCCGAAGAAAAAUCUGUUGAAGUAAUGAAGGAUACAGACUGUGAGCAGAGAGUUGUCAUGUCAGAGGAUAAUGUAGAUGAAAAUCAGGAUGUUCAAGAAAAAGAAUUUAGCAAUGAAGAGGAAACUACAACACGUUCAGCAGAAGAAAAGGAAAAGAUAUUCGAUCAGAUACAACAAGAAAGUGAAGAAAGGGUUGAAUUGCCAGAAAAUCAAAUCUCUGAAUUGGAGAUAGAUGGUGAAGAUUCACAGAGUCUUGUAAUAGAUAUUGAAGAAAACAAUGAAUCAGAUGUCCCAAGAACAGAAAACAAUGAACCAACUCAGACAGAAAGUAAUUCGAUUGAUGAAGAAAAUAAUGCAAAGAUAGAAACUAUUGACACAGUUAGGAAGCAUGAUGAAAAUAAAACAGUUAUUUCUGUAGAUGAAAUUGGAGAUAAGAAUGAAGCGGCUAAUCAGAAAGACAAUAAUGGCAGUACUAAAUCUGAAAAAGAGUCUGCAGAUGAUGUUGAAGAAAUACAGACACUUUUGCAAGAAUUUGUUAAUUCAUCUAGUAAGUCUCAGCUCUUACCCGAAAGUGGCAAAACAAGCACUGACCAAACAAGAGCUCAGUCAGGUUCUUCACAAAAGAGAACUACAGAAGAUGCUUGGUCAACUGUUGGAUUAGUAAGGUGUCCUCACUGUCUUUUCACAACUGACCAGAAAGAUUUGCUUGACACCCAUAUGUCUUCUUGCAAUAAACAAAAAACAAGGAGAGAAGAAAUUCACCUUAUGUAUUCAGCAGAUGGAAAAUACGGAUGUAAAAAUUGUCUCUUUGUUUCACCACAAAGAAAAAAAUUUGAGGAACAUGUGGCUUUUCAUAUUCUUGCAGACCCAUAUAUUUGCCUUUCAUGCAUGACAACCUAUGAUUCAAAAAAAGAUAUAGAAAAGCAUGUGAAAAAAUUGCAUUCAAACAAAAUGGUUAAGUGUGGCUUAAGAGGAUCCAAGAAAAUCAACAAAAUCAUAGAGGAACUUUACACUAAAAAAGAAAUAACCUUUUUUGGAAGGCAGCUUAACAAGAAAAUGUUAAUGUCCAUGAUUGAUCAAAAAGAGGAAUCUUCACAAAUUCCAGCAAAUAAAGAGUCAACAGCUGUAAGCCAAUUGCCAAAAACUGUUGAGGAAUUAGAAAACAAGAUUGCGAAAGAAAGACCCAGUACCACAACAAUUCUUUCUGUUCCUAAUCUGUCAAAAGUUAAUCAGCCUCCAAGCAUCAUUUCUCGAAAACCAGUAUUGUCUGCAAGCACAAUUUCACCCGGUAUAUCAAAAACAAGAGCUAUUGCAAUAACAAGUACAAGUUUGCCAGUGAAUGUGACUUCAGUUCCUCAGGCAGUUAUUGCUCAGCCAAUGCCAUAUCAGGGGCCAGCUGUUGGAGGACCAGUUUUAUGCAAUGUUGUCAGAAGCCAACCUCAGCCAGUGAUAUUUGUUCCAGUAAAUUCAGUGCAAGUUCCACUUCACCAGCAGAUACGUCCAGGAACUGUUAUGACAGGUCCAUAUUCGCUUCAGACAGGAAAGGGACAAAUUGGUUCCAGGCUAAUCCCUGUAAGCAGACCCCCAGUUGGCCAGUUUGUAAAUAUCAGUCCUGCUCCACCAAAUGCUAAUGCUGUUAUAUCAAACAACCAAACACAAAGAUUAAUUGUGGUUCCUGGAACUAACCCCCCAGUUGCAAGUGUUCAUCAAACCAAAAGCUUUGCUCAGAAUAACCAAGGACAGAAAAGCCUUCCAACCAAGUUUGAUAUGCCAUCUUCUGAUUCUAAUGUGAAAAAGAAACAAUUGGAUUCUGUCUCUUCUGGAAUUAACGGGGAUUCUGCCUCAUUGAAAUUAUCAAUUAAAGAUGAUGGUAAUUCAAAUAAACCAGAUCAUCAACUACUGUUCAAAAAGUCAGGAAAUACAUACUCAUGUAAAAGUUGUGACUUUAAAUCUGAUUUGGAAGAAAACUUCUUGAAACACAUAUGGACACACAUACACCCAAAUAUGUGUAAAUUGAGAGAACACUUUGAAUAUAAACCUAGCAUAUCAUGCAAACUGGUGUCUAAAAUUAUGCAUGGAUUAAGAUGUGCUGCAGCAGCAGCUGAGGCACAAAGAAAGUUAUCAUCUGAAGCCAAGAAAAUUAUGCAGGCAUCGGAACAAAUUGUUCUAAGCUCUGAUGAUGAGGAGGAGGACAGUCAUGUAAAAGAACUUCUUCCAGUUGUCCAACCAACUUCAAGUAUUGACAAUUCUGAUUUGAACAAUGGUGAAAAUGAUCUGCAAAUUAGAAUAACCAGUACAUUUAGCUUGAGUGAACCUGCAUGCAAUGUAUCAGAACCUGAAAAUGAAGAUAAUAUUGAUCAAACAGUGAUGCAUGCAGAUGAAGAAGACGAGGAAAGUAGAAUAGCAAGGAUAGGUUUUGAAAAAGAAAUGUUCAGAGAUUUGUCUCCGGAUAGAGAAUCAUCAGAUGAAGUAGGUGCAAUAAAAGAUUCUGAAUUAGAAAAAACAAAAAGUAUGGACCAUCCUGAUGGAAGCAAAAAAGCACCAUUUGAGGAUGGGCUUAGUAGAGAUGAAGAGGUAACUGCAGAUGAAUCACGUGAGAAUAAUGAAGUAGAAUCAAGGCUCUUUGAAGAAAGAUGUGAUUCUUCAGUAAAUGGAAAUCAAACCAGUGAGUCGACCUGUUUAAAAGAACAAGUUGAAAAAGUAGCCAAGGCAGAUGAAAACAAGGGGAGUGCUUCAACUAUGAAAUUUUAUCAGUGUGGAUUUCAGGGAUGUGGAUUUGCUGGAUUAACCUCAACAGACUUCAGGGAACAUACUCUAAACAUGCAUUCGGGUGCUAAAGAAUUUAAAUGUGCACACUGUGGUCACAAAAGCUAUACUGAUGAAUGUCAUUUCCGACACAUAUUUUGCCAUGCCAAAAAUCAGUCAGGAUUGCUGUUUAAAUGUGGAGAUGGCUGCAAGUAUGCUACCAAUAUUUUAAAACACUUCAAGGAGCAUUUAGAAAAAGUUCAUUCAACACUGCAGUCUUACAUGUGUUCCUCAUGCAAGGAAGUGUUCAACAGCAUUGAUGAACUCAUUGGCCAUUGUGAAGCUAAUAAACUUCAGUUUGUCUUAUGUCCAUAUUGUACAACACGAGAUCCAAAUAGAAGAAUCAUUCUGAAGCACAUUUCUACCAUCCAUCCAGGCAAACCAAGACAGAUUACUGUUACAGCACAACUUAUUUGUCAAGAAAGGGAAUUAAAUUCCUACACUGCACCAAAACCUGUAUCUCCAGAACCUAGACCCAUUUCACCAGUGCCAAAUAAUGAACACCAAAAGGAGAAUUCACCAGAACCUUUUACUAAUAAUCAAGCAAUUAAAAUUGAGAGAAGAGAAAGUUCUGAAGAAAAUGAAGCACCAAAACCACAUGAAAACCAUGAGGCUGAAGAACCUUUUGUUAGUAUGAAUACUGUUGGAGAAUUUGAAGAAAAACAGCCUGUUGAGAAGAUAGGAGUUAAGUUGGGAAUAGGAUCUUUACUGCGAUGCAGCAAAUGUUCCUACUUGGCUGGAAGCAGUUCACUUCUUAGGAGACACAGGCUUCAACACAUCAGACCCAAUGACAGAAGCAGGCCAUUUUGUUGUACAGUCUGCCCAUCUUCAAGUGACUCUAUUGUGAAAUUUGAAAGACAUAUUAAUCUUCAUGAAGGUCAUCACGAAAUUACCAUUUAUAUGUGUGAGCUAUGUAAUUACCAAACUAAUAUCAGAGAAAAAAUUGGUAACCAUUUGCAAAAAAGCCAUAGAGGGGCAGAUUGGCUUAAGGAUUUUAAAUCGAGACUGUUUAAAACUACCGUGAAUGUGUAUGCUUGCGAAAUAUGUGAGAAUAUUUACAAGUCAAAGAGAGAAUAUGUAGCACAUGUAUCAAGGCACAAGUCAGGAAAAUUUAAAGGUUCGAACAUGGAUGCAUCUAUUGACAAACAUCACUGUGAUUGCUGUUCAUUCAGUUGUGAUGACAUAGAUAGUUUUAUUCAGCAUACAAGUAUUCAUUUGAUGGUGACUAAGUCAUCAGCUGCAGGGGAAGUCAAGCAAAAACAAAGAAUAGAAUUUACUGGUCCAAAAAAAACAUAUUAUAUUCCACCAGGAAAUGUUUUCAAAGAUUUUAUUCGGUGUUGUGAGUGUCCGUUCAAAACAAAAACAAGACUAGAUUUACUUAGACAUGUAAAAAGUCAUCCAAAUUUGGAACCAAAGAUGAGAAAGGGUAUUAGGAAGGAAGCAAAUCCCCAGGAAAAAUCCACAAGAGAACUUAUAAAGUUUCAAUUUGGAAAAAGAAAGAAUGGUUCUGAGAAUGAAACUAAUAAACGAUUGAGAACAAUGGAUUCUAGUAGUGAAAGUGAGGAAGAUGUUGAUGUUGAAUCUGAUUUCCUUGUUCCAAAGAGGAAGCAAGUUGCAGUUAAGUCAACAAGUGGAGCAAAUAUAAAGCUGUCAAAUAUGUUUUUCUUAGGUGGAGAUCUACUGCACAAGAAACUUCAGCCUUGCUUUUCUAAGGAAGAAGAUGAACCUAUGUUUCAAUGCAUUAUGUGCAGUGACGUUUUUGAAGAUAAAUACACCCUCCACAAGCACAUCUUAGAGCACAUGAAUAUUUCGUUUUACAAGUGUAAUUAUUGUGAACAUGGGGAACUUGAAAAUUCUUCAAUGGUUACACACAUUCAAAAAACACAUCGGAAACCAAUUCAACACUCAAAGGUGAAGUUAGAGGAUAUUGAAGAUGAAAUAAAUAGAGCAAUCCACAGUAUGAAAGCAAAAGAAUAUUGGGGUGAGAGUGAAUCCAUUCCAGAUGAGAAACCUAUUCUAAACAUUCCAGUUAUUUCACCUCCUGCAAAUCAAGAGUCAGAUGGAUCUGCAAACAGACAUGAAGCCACUUCUACAAAUGUUUCUUCUCCAAUUAUUUUGAAACAGCCAGUGUUGAAUGAAAAACUGCCACCAACUCCUGAAAAGAACAAACUGCCAGAAUGCGUAAUUUCCAUUGGAAACAAUUUUAAGUGUGUUGCUUGUAAUCAACAGGCCAUCCAGUCAUACAUCUUGGUCAGGCAUGCAAUGACACAUUGCUCAAGGAAAAGAUUUGUUUGUCCAUACUGUGAUGAUAAAAGAUCUCAUUACAAGUCAGAUAUUUGUAAGCACAUACAUAUGAAACAUAGAGGAGAGGAAGUUAGAGUUUCUUACGACAAGACUGAUGUGGAGUUGGAUUCUCAGUACAUUGCACCCAACUUGAUGCAACAAAUUCUGGAUAGUCCUGAUGAAGAAUCAAGGGUUAUUUCAGCUGAGAAUGAAGAAGUGGGAGAUGUCAAAGUAGAGAUCAAAACUGAGGCAGAUACCAGAGAAAUAGAGAGCAAUGACAGAAAAGGGAAAAAAGUUGUUGUAGGAUAUAGAUCAGUUUACAAAUGUUUGCUUUGUAAGAUGACAUUUAAAGGAAAAAGAAAAAUAUAUAAACAUAUCCGUGAAACCAAAUGCAAGAGACCCAUAUGGAGAUGUUCAGCUUGUAAAACCAGAAAAUUUAAAAGUGACAAGGAAAAGGUGAUUAAAGACCAUAUAAAAGAUGUACAUAAGCUCAAUGGAGAUGCAAAGCCUGUAUUAUGUGCUAUUAAUGGCAAGAUUAGAAAACAUACUAUGCCUAUAACUGUCAUGAAACAAGAGCAAGAAAUGAACAAAAUUCAGAAUACAGAGGAACUUGCAAGUGAAGAAACAGUGAAAGAAAAAGAAUCUAAAGGGGCUAUAGCAACAGUCUUAAAAAAAGGAGAUUCAUGGAAAUGCUCAAACUGUAGUUACACAACAAAUGCAAGAGGUAAUUGUGUGCGUCAUACAUAUACACAUGCUUUGUUUAAAAAGUUCGGAUGUCCAACAUGUUCUUUCAGAGCAAAAUGUAGCCGAGGUGUGAAAAAUCACAUGCAAAAUUGCCAUCCUGGAGAGAGAAUCCGAUUCAAGAUAUAUACAGAAAAUAGCAAUUCUCCUAAAAAAUCUUGCCAUGUUGAUAAAAUCAAACCGAAAGAGAAAGUGAUUUGGACACCACCACAGCCAAUUUCAUUCCAGUGCCAAGAGUGUGGAUUUAUUUCUGAACGGAAAUCUAGCUUAUCUAAACACAUUAAUGCAAAAUGCUUCACUCCUCUCAAAGGAUGUUCUGAGUGUGAUUUUACCAGUAUAAAUGAAGAAAACAUAGCAGAGCAUGUGAAAAAUUCCCACAAAACGGCAACAGUUACUGAUUUACCUUUAAGUGGCAAGAUUUUAACUUUGUUUUCCAAUGAGAGUGAUAAAUUGCCAAAAUCAUCCAAAACAGAUGAAGAAGAGACUGGAAAGAAAAAAGGUCGCUUCCAUUUAAGAGUAAAAACGUUAGCCAAAUCACCAAUAUCUAAACCUCUGUCAACUGAAAUGAAAAUGUGGAGUGAAGAAAAUGAACAACAGAGUAUGAAUUGUCCAGUUUGUAAUGAAGAUUUUUAUGACCUCAGGGCAUUCAGAGACCACUUUGUGAACAAGCAUAAAGAAAACAAACUUUUAUGUGGUGAAUGUGAGGAAUAUGCUGCACAUCUACCUUCCCUGUUGUUUCGCCAUGCACGUCUCUUCCACAGCCAAACAAAAGUUAAAGAUUUGAAGUUGAAGGCAAUAUCUCAAAAGACUAUUCAGGAAAAGGGAUUGGAUAAACGUCCUUGUAUUUUGUAUAGAUGUCCAAAAUGUGGAAAAAUAUCGGAGAGGGGCCCAUUGAGAAAACAUAUGUACACCCAUUACAAUUACAAUCCAUAUCAGUGUAACCAUUGUGACAUGAAGUGCAAAAUGUCAAAGAAUAUCAGAGUGCACCUAAGCAAAAUCCACCCUGACAAAUCAACCACUGAAUAUACAUUCUGCAAAAAUGAGAAGGUUGAAAAAGAGAUAACAAACUUGUUAGACUUGAGCAGAUAUCAAACAUUGACAAGAAAGACAAAAAUGACUAAAACUAUGUCAAAAAAGGGAGAAUCUGCCUCUUUGCAAACAAUUCCAAAACUGAAAAUAAAGAAAGAAGUUCUAGAGAACCAGGAGGAGAAUGGGGAAUUGGAAGAAGAGGAUGAUGAAGAUGGUGAAGAGGAAGAAUCAUCAGAAGAAGAUGAAGAACCAAGAGGAGACUUGAAAAACAUGUUCAGCCCUUGCCACAAUUACAAGGUGGAAUUUGACAACCGCAGACAGAAGACCAUCUACAAGUGUAGCAUAUGUCCAUACCAAAGUACUGUUAACAAAACUAUUGUUACCCAUUUUUACCACCACGUUCCUCAUGUCUUCAAAUGUCCAUACUGUGAUUUUCAGUGCUAUCCCAGGUCAAAGAUUGCAAAUCACAUAGUAAAGCUGCACCCAGGCAAAUCAGUUCAUGUGGUUGAUUUAAGGCAACGGAUGGGUAAUCUUAAGUUUAGAAAUUAUGAAAAAAUGGCAUCUGCAGCAAAGACAAGAAUGAAGGAGCAAAGUAAAAAAUUGAGAAUGAAAUUUGACAAAUCAGCACCAAGGAACAAAGAAGCUCAACAAACAAACUCACGGAAAAGAAAGGAAAGAGAUGAUGGCGGUGGUGGUGGCGCAGACAACUUCAAAGACACAGGAAAACUGAUGUAUAACUGUAACUUUUGUGAUCACAGAGCAAGUGGCCUUUAUCAUUAUCGGCAACAUUUGGCAACUCAUGAUGGCUUUAAAUACCUUGUUCCUGGGACUCAGAUAGAAUCAAGAUUAAAAUGUGGCUAUUGCUCAUACUUAGCAGUAGAUGAUGAGGAUUUUAAUGCGCAUGUGGAUUAUCAUUUUGCCACACGACCAUUCUCUUGUCCUUAUUGCACAUUUUCCCAGUAUACUGCCAGUGCAAUAACAAACCAUAUAAAGAGAUCACAUCCAGGAAGACCAAUAGAUGUUGUCAAGGAGAGUGAUAGUAGUUGUCUUAACAGCCAAGAAAUGGAAACUAAAGCUAUGUUAGUGAAUAUGGAACCUAAAGUGAAACUUGCAGAUAUUUUCACUAUGGAUCCAGAAGAGUUUGAAAAACUUCUGAACAAUUGUGCAGUUUGUGUGAUUGACCUAAAUUAUAUCCCUGAUGAAAAGUUCGAUGCUGUGUCAAAAACACUUGGGUUAGAGAAUGCAGAAAAUGAUGAUGAAGAUGCACCUCCUGCUAAAAAAAUGAAGAAAGAACCAGGAUGUGAUGUUGAUAAUGGAAACGCUAAAUUAGAUGAGUCUGGUGAUUUGGAAACAAUGAUAGCAAAUGGUGAAAUAAAAAUUGAAGAAAAUCAGAAAUAUGAAGAUGUGAGUGACAGUGAAUUAGAUGUUGCUGAUGACAUAUCUUAUGAAGAUUUAAGCGAAGAUUAGAACAAUCCUACAUGUAGCGAUUAAUUAUUGUCAUUUUAUUUCUUGAAAUUUUCAGUGUUGCAUCAUGAUUUUUGCACAAGAUCUUAAUGUACAGUAGCUCAAAAUGUGGAUCCAUCAUCUCAUUUUGAUAUAGAUAUUAAAUGGAAGAAUAAUUUAGGGGUCAGUGUAUGAGGAGACUGUUAUGGAUUGAUAGAUAUAAAUUUCCUGCAAAUCAUGUUUUAUGGACAGUGAUGUCACACAGAAGCCUUUUGUGUUUGGUCUAUUCUGUAUCAAGAUUUACGACUGUGUAUAUAUUUUUUCAGUAAAAAAAAACUCAAUAGUGCCUAUAUAUUGUGAUAGAGAAACCUGCUACUUAAAUUGUUACGCCAAGGUCAUGAAAUAAGCAGACGUUAUAAAACUCCAGCAUGAUUUAUUAUUUCAAGUAUAUUCAUUAAUCUCGAAUUAUUAAAUAUUUGAUUGUAUUGCUUAAAAGAUUAUUUUGUUGUUUAGACACUUUGCAUUGUAUAUAGGUAAACACAUUUUUAACCCAUAUGUUUGUUAAAUCAAGGAUUAGUACUACUUAUGUACAGGCAUUAUAACAUUUUAUUAGCAUGUUAAUGGAUCAGUAUUCCUAUUUUUUUAAGAACUGCUAUAUAGGAACUUGAUAAAGAAAUCUAAACAAAUAUAAUGUUGUGAAAACUCAAUUUCUACCAUUUAUUGCAAUGCUGUUGUAGAUAUAUCUAUAAAUUGAAAAUCAGUUAUAGUAUCAUAAGUUGCAUGAAUUAAAAUAUUGAACCAGAUUAUCAAUAACCUUGCUGUUUAUAUUGAUAGAUGUCGCUGUAUGUAUGUGAAGCAUGCGUGUAUACAAUAUGGACACGUUACUUGAUUUCCUGCUGAUUCCUAUGUUAGGAUUCUGAUUGUGUCUGGAUUUCCUGCUGAUUCCUAUGUUAGGAUUCUGAUUGUGUCUUGAUUUAUUGCAUCAUCAGUAAACCAAUAGAAAAAUGA